AUGUCUAGCAACGGACAUAUGAACGACUACUGCCUAUUCCCCUCGAGGGAGGAGUUCCUGAAAUCUGGCCUAGUAAAUGCUGCUACGCCACAGAUCCUCGUGGCGGAGGAGCAAUGUGACCAUUGCUGGGAUGACAUCGACACCAGCGAGAACGAGAAGUGGCAAGGUACGAUCGUAAUCCCCCAUUGCUGCUUCCAGAGGCAUCUUUACAAGGUCUACCACAGACCUUGCAUGGCCGAGUACCUUGACCAGACGGUCAAGGGAUAUUGCCAAGAAGUCUGCCCCAACCCACAAUGCAGGCAGCGUCUAUUCCCUCGGACGAAGGCAAAGCGGUCAAACUCCAUGGCCAUUAGCCAGUCCUUGGGGUCGUCUCGUCGCACUUCGGAGGGAGCGGUCAAGAAGCCUUCUUUCUUCCGGAGGCUGUCCCAGACGCUGGGGCUCUCCAAGUCUAAGAAGGAAGUGCAGGUUGAUUACGGAGGCGUCAUCAUUGAUGACGAGUCUCCUCGCCCUGACUUCUUCAUGAUCAGCAUUACGGACCCUGUCCAGGUUGUCAGGGAUGCCAUGAAGAAAGUAACCAUCCCUGCAUUUGUCGGGGGGAAUUUGACCGUGCAAAUGGAGCACGAUCUCGUGAAUGCCAUCACAUUGAACGAGAACCAGAUCGUGGAAUCGUCACAGUGGCGACAGCUCCUGCUCCAGAUGACUUUGUCCCGUCUGGAGCGUGCGCGUAAGGAGCAUCCGAACGCGCACCACCCCGAAGAUGCCCGCCCAGGGGAGGUCCUCAUCUGGGCGAGGAAGAUUGCACGGGGCAUUGAGGCCCACUGCGAAGCCAGGUCCAGCGCCGUUGACUCUGGUUCAGAGGCGUCGCCUGCUUCGUCGUCCAACACGAGCGACGACGAGAGGCGCCCGCGUAGGUACCCCCCAGAUUAG